AUGGACUCCUCGUCGCGCGACCCGCGACUGCGGUCGUCGGUGCUCAAGCGCGUGGCGUCCAAUCUCCACUCGCGCUGCCCGCUGCCCGCCGACUUUUUCCUCCCCGUCACGUGCGCUGCCGAACAACAUGCGCUCUUCCGGGCGCAAGCGGACCGAUUGGCCGCUGACGCUGCGCAGAAAGCUGCGGCAACGGCCGCCGGGAGCUGCACGACCGGCGCGGACGACUGGAAACUGCACAACUCGCAGCGCCACUUUCGCGAGACCGGUAUCCGCACCGCCAGUCGACGCCGCGACGCCCGUGACCGCGACGGCCACCGACAGCUCGAGUUCUGCUGCGUGGGCCGCGUGGAGAUGCCGGUCGAGCACUGCCUCGACGCGCUCUACUCGGACACGACGGCGGACUUUCGCAGCAACUCGACGUUCCUGGUCGAGAGCGUGCUGGACGCUGUGGUCCUGAAGGCCCUCGAGACGAGAACGGACGAGCGGCCACACCACUACUUGGGUCUCAACUGGAUGGCGAGCCGCUCGCCGGGUCUCUUUGCCAAGAACCGGGACCUGUGCUAUCUCCGGAGCAUGGACAUGACAGUGGACAGUCAGCAGGCCAAGAUAGGGCACGUGGUCAUCCAGUCUGUUGAUGUCGCGGAGUGCUCGUCAUUGGAGAGUGCGCUCGGCCUCCUGCGUGGCACAAUGUCGGCCGUGCUGCUGUUCAAGAAGAACGCAGAGUCCCGCUGGACCGACGUGUGGUGGCAAGGGUCGAUGCGGGUGACUAGUAGCUCCUCGAGCAGCAAACUCAUCAACUUUGUGCACGACACGUUUACGUCGAUCGUUUGCAACCUGCACAAGGUUCAGGAAGCGAAGUACAUGGCCCAGCAAGUGAAAUCGCAGCGAAUCCAGCGUCUGGGUGCCAGAGAACGCAAGCGCUGCUACAUUUGCAGCAAAAAGUUUAGUCUCGUACGCGUUCGGUCCCAAUGCAGUGCCUGUGGUGAAAACAUGUGCAAGGACUGCGAAGUUGCAAGUCGGGCGAGAGCAUUCGGUAGCGAAAGCUUUGACCUGCCAACCCCAACGAGUCGCCCGGACCUCGUGCUGUUCUGCAAGAAGUGCGUGUCCGAAGCCCAUUGCGGCAUGGACGGCCGACCAGGGCUGGCGACCACACGAGCGAACUUGUCCAUGUUCUCGUGUCACGACGGCUCGCUCACUGCUUCAGCCGUUGAGGAGGGGGGCCAUUGCGGUUCGACUGCUGGCCGGACGCCCAACCGCAGCUGCCGAACAACCAGCACGGGCUCGUUGCACAAGAUAGUGGCCAACUUGGGUGAAGGGCCAGCCCCAUUCAAGGGCAAGCGUCCUGGCCUCGCGUCGCUGUAUAUCACGGCCGCCAUCCAAAUGUCGAGUGCUGGCGAAGUGCCAAUGAGUCCCUUGUCGAUCCGAACAGAGCGUGAGAAACAGCGCUGUCGGUUGGAGUCCGACCCGAUGGAAUCCUCGGACGGCUUGGACAAGGACAAGUACGGCAGUCUACUGCAAAAGGACGGACACGGCUCGCAAGAGCGGCAGCGGGAGACCUGCAGUAGCUCGAGCAGCUCCAAGUACGCGGCAUCGGACCGGUCGCACGACGCACGCGACAACGACAUGGCGAGUCGGUUACGCGACAUAUCACAGCGCGCGCAGGAGGCGCUGGACGUGACGAAGCGCAACUCGCACAUGAUGAGCAGCGACACGAGCAGCGCCCCGCGCGUGUCGGACCUGUCUGCUUUCAAGGAGCUCGACAGGUCCAUUGCCGAGCAAGCGGAUCUGCUCAAUGCCAUUGGCUUCGUGAGCACCGGUCGAGUGUACAUGGAGAACGCGGGCUACGAUCAAGGCGGCGUGCGCAUCAGUGCGUCGUCGAGUACGAUGAGUGAAGACGAGCGGUUCGAAGUCAUUGCGUAG